CCACUUCCUGAAGCAACAGGACGAAGGAGUGUCCUGGAAAGUUGAUUUCAACACUUGUAGUAGAGGCGACUUCGUGAAACAGGAGCAGAGGUGUUUCACAGGAGCAGAGGUGAUUUUCAGCAGCCUGUUCCCCAUCGCUGAAGGGUGCAGUUUGACGAGAAUCCAUCACGAACCUUCUGACGUCUUGAGGUUGGGGGGUCGGGGGGGGUGUGAAGUUCAAGGGCUUUUUCUUUUUUUUUUUACCAAGGCCAUGGACUGUGUACAUCGGCGAUCGGUUGGUCGACCUUCCCGGAUUGUCAGUGCCUGAACAUGGGGCCAUUCACCGCCAUGCCAACCGCGAGAAGAACUCUCCACUCUUGUGGCAUGAGCGACUGCGUGAGCUGCAGGACAUUUGUGAAAUGGGGCGAGGAGAUUUUAACUCUGCAUUUUGGCUCCGACGCGAUCUAGAAGCUUCCUCGUGAUGGAGAAGUCCCAACCCAACCUGCUUUCCAACAAGAAGAGGUCUCAGCUGCUGCUCCUCAACAUGCUGACCUGCGGCCUGGAGAUCUGUGUGGCUGCUGGCAUCACCUUUGUCCCACCACUGUUGCUCAAGGCUGGGGUCCAGGAGAAGUACAUGACCAUGGUGUUGGGGAUUGGACCAGUGCUGGGAUUGAUCUUUGUUCCGAUGAUCGGUUCGGCCAGUGACCACUGGACCAGCCGAUAUGGCCGCCGCCGCCCCUUCAUCUGGGGCCUGUGCCUGGGCGUCCUGCUCAGCCUCUUCAUCAUCCCCCACGCCAGCCGGCUGGCCGCGGCCUUCAGCCCGAAGGACUACCCGACGGAUGUGAUCUUCCUGAUUGUGGGCAUCUGCAUGCUGGACUUCUGCGGCCAGGUGUGCUUCACCCCGCUGGAGGCCCUGCUCUCCGACCUGUUCCACGAUACCGAGGAGUGCCGGCGGGCCUUCUCCGUGUACUCCUUCAUGAUCAGCCUGGGAGGCUGCAUCGGCUACCUGCUGAUGGCCAUCGACUGGAGGAAGACCUUCCUGUCCUCGUACCUGGGUGAGCACGAGGACUGCCUCUUCACGCUGCUGGCCGCCAUCUUCCUGGUGUGCGUCUGCGCCACCUUCUUCGUGACGGAGGAGACCCACAGCGGGCCGGACGCGCUGGCGGACCUCUCGCCCAAGGAGGCCGUCAUCAUCAAGCCCCUGGCCCGGCGCGGCUGCUGCUGCGGCACCAGCGCGCUGUUCCGCGCCCGGCACUCCGUCCUCGUGCUGAGGAACUGCUGCACUCUGAUCCCCAAACUCUACCACCUCUACUACCGCAUCCCCAGAGUCACGCGCCACCUGGUGGUGGCCGAGUUCUACAGCUGGAUGGCCCUCAUGUCUUUCAUGAUGUUCUACACCGACUUCGUGGGCGAGGGUCUAUACCAGGGCAUCCCCAACGCAGCCCCCGGCAGCGAGGCCAGGCGGCGCUACGAUGAAGGGGUGCGGAUGGGGAGCAUCGGGCUCUUCCUGCAGUGUGCGUUCUCCAUCUUCUGCUCCACCAUCAUGGACAGGCUGGUGACACGGUUUGGCAGCAAAACCGUCUACCUGGCCAGCAUUGCCUUCUUCACCGCGACCGCCAUUGUCAUGUGCCUUUCGAAGAGCGUGGUACUGGUGACAGCCAUGUCGGCCUUAACCGGCUUCACCUACUCCACACUACAGAUCCUGCCGUACACCCUCAACUCCCUCUACCACAAGGAGAAACAGGUAUUUUUCUGCAAGCACAAGUUUACCGAACUCGAAGACGCCAAUUGUCAGGGGGAGAAAAAGACGCCUUCUCAGAAUGGAAUCUUGAACCACAAGUCCUUCAAUCAAAAUGGCAGCCUGAUCAACAGCGGUCCCGUGUUACCGUCCAAGGGGCCCCUCCCUGACAGGAGCUCGAGGCCGCAGAGCCGGGGGUCCCAGUGCGAGGUGGUGGUCUCGGCCGACGUAGAAGCGGCCACGAUGGGACGAGGGAUCUGCCUUGACCUAGCCAUACUGGACAGUGCUUUCCUUCUCUCUCAGGUCAUCCCCUCCCUGCUCAUGGGCACCAUAGUCCAGUUUACACAGACAGUCACCGCUUACAUGAUCUCUGCCGCUACCUUUGGGAUGGUGGCUAUUUAUUUCGCAACCAAAGUAGUUUUUGAUAAAAAUGAUUUAGAGAAAUAUUUAGCGUGAGGCGAUGCCGGGAUUAAUGUCUUUCCGCUGUCGGGGUGAUCUGAUGGUUGGAGGUGAGUGAUAUUGACUUGGGCCAUAAGGUUAUCAGCACGGCUCGGUGGCACAGCGGGGAGAGUCGCUGCCUCACAGCGCCAGAGACCCGGGUUCGAUCCUGACUACGGACCCGACCCGACCCGCAGUGUAAUCAACGAAGCGGGGUUGCUGU